AUGGCAUCGCGGUUUGGACCUGCCUCCGCGGAGCCUAUUUCAGCCAUUAAUCCGAAGCAGGGCCGGUUCGUGUCUCCAUCCAUCAGGUCGUACCUCGUAAUCGCCAGUCACACCAACCUUCACCUCGAGCUGCUUGAAGCCUAUCAAAGGUCGCUUGACUGGAACUAUCCUCCCAUCAUUAAGCGUAGUUUGUGUCAAUUGCAGGAUGGUGACCCCCAGUUUGACCAGCGGUACAACAAAGACCACGAACAGCGCAGCGAGGAUUCCGAAAUAGAGAGGCAGGGAAAAUGGUCGCCUGUAGCGCGUCUGCACCAUCGCGCAAACUGGGUCUCGACCAGCCGUCCAUCAAAGCCACAACAGUCUCUCAGCGCUACCUACGAGGCAACAGUCCGCCCUUCGCCUUCGCUACCUACGAUGUGCACAAAGGUCAAAGUCCACUUCUGGAAGUGCGAGCACCGAGUCCAAACAGGCAUCGAGGUAUGCAGCCCCUGGGCCGAGCGCUCGCAGAUCCUCGACACCAAUGGAAAAUGCCCGAAUGACUGCGUCUCGGUUGGAGAAAUGUGA